GAGUGAUAAUUAUUCAUGGGCUCCUGCCUCUUGCUCCUUCUCUUGCACAGCCCCACUCUGCUGACUCAGUGCCUUAUUCAGUCUUCUCUCCCUCUCUCCACUGCUGUAGCUGGACCCCUUUGCCUUCUCCGCCUCUGAGAGCUGCACAUCCCAGCAUGGCUAAAACAGCAAUGGCUUACAAGGAAAAGAUGAAGGAGCUGUCCAUGCUCUCACUGAUCUGCUCCUGUUUUUACCCGGAACCUCGCAACAUGAACAUCUACAAAUAUGAUGACAUGGAAGUGAAACAAAUCAACAAACGUGCCUCAGGCCAGGCCUUUGAACUGAUCCUAAAGCCGCCAUCUCCAGUCUCAGAAGCACCACGAACUUUAGCUUCUCCAAAGAAGAAAGAACUCUCUCUUGAGGAGAUCCAGAAGAAGCUGGAGGCUGCAGAGGAGAGGAGAAAGUCCCAGGAGGCCCAGGUGCUGAAACAUCUGGCAGAGAAGAGAGAACAUGAGCGAGAAGUGCUUCAAAAAGCUUUGGAGGAGAACAAUAACUUCAGCAAAAUGGCAGAGGAAAAGCUGAUACUGAAAAUGGAACAGAUCAAAGAAAACCGUGAAGCUAAUUUAGCUGCUCUUAUUGAACGCCUCCAAGAGAAGGAGAGGCAUGCUGCAGAGGUCCGUAGAAACAAGGAGCUCCAGGUGGAACUGUCUGGCUGAAAACAGCAAUGGUGGAUGUGACCCAUCCCCACCAUUAGUAAACUCCCCCUGCCUAUAUUAUUAUGGAUCAUGCGAUAUAAGUAUGGGAAAUGUAUGACGUGGUUUAAAAAAAGGUAAAAACAAGAACUCAAUAAAAAACUUUAAAAAGAAACAAAAAAAAUAAAAACAAAAUCAAUGCGGUCUCUUUGCAGAAUGAUUUGCUUGAUGUUUAAAAAACUUGGAUCUUAUUUUGUAAAUACUUACAUUUUUGUUAAAAAAUACAAUUAUUGCAUUAUGCAAGUUAUUUCAUAAUCUUACAUGUCCUGUAACAGGCUUCUGAUGUUGUCUAUUUCCACUCGGUUGAAUUUGCUGGGUCUGUUCAUUUGAAGCACCUCGUGUCUAAUUCCAUUCCCUGCGACUUCUCAUUCCAACCCACCAUGAGGUCAGUAGUAGUUCUAUGGUGCUAGAGGCCAAUCAUUGCCUAAUAACCUAGACUGCUUUGCCAUCUAUAAGCUUCCUUGAAACAGUGACUAGAUCACAGGUAUUGUGACUUCACGUUCAGCUGUCCAAGACAAAAGGCUCUUAAAAUGGUUUUUCAAAUGCAACUUAUGCUGCAGGGCUCUGUACUGUGCUGUACAAUUGAGGUUGAAUCGCCACACAGCGUGUUUGUUGCUUCUGCUCUUUGAGGUGAGAGGCAACAAAAACAUCUGUGCAGCAGAAUGAAAUCAAGCAAAAUCAGUUUGAGACAAAUUUAAGAGGCACGUUGUAACCAUCAAGCUGUGACAAGUUUUGGAUGAUGCCAAACAGCCAUACAAAUGCUAAUUGUAAAGUGAGCUUAAUUCACCACUUGAAAAUUUAUUGAUGGAGCAACUAAUAGAUAGCAUCAAGUGGCUUUAUCUGUAGGUGCCAUGAUCUAUGAUACUUAUCUGAUGCUACCACAUUACAUGUGUAAUAGUACAAGAGGCUACCGAGUAUUUCACCUGGAACCCAUGAGCCAGUUGUUACUGUUUUUUUAUGACACUGCUGACUUCCAUUCAUCAUGACCUUUACUCUUCAGUGUUAGCCAAUCCUACCUAGGGACAGACAUCUAGGACUAAGAGGGCUGAAGCAGGAGGAAUGACUAGACAGGGUGCUUGUGCCAAGUACAAUAUCACCAAACCCAACACAUCAUCCCCAAAAUAGCUGCAGUUUUGAAGUUGUCCCUACCCCCCCUGGAGGUUGCUGCCUGCAUAUUCUACUCUUCAUUAGUGCUAUUUUCCUGUAUGUCAUUGUGAGCAAGCUGUGAUUAAUAAAGAAUUGGGGUUCUGUGAACUGAAAAA